AUGUCUCAAUUAUACUUGCAAUCAGCUAAUCAGACUUUGUGUGCAUCUGUGGAAUCAAGCUCUGAAAAUGAAAGCAGGAAUGAAAAAUGGACCGAAGACUCCUUUCCAGGAUUAGAAAUAUUGUGCACAAUUUAUGUUACAUACGCUGUGAUCAUUUCAGUGGGUCUCCUUGGAAAUGCAAUACUCAUCAAAGUUUUUUUCAAGAUUAAAUCAAUGCAGACGGUUCCCAACAUCUUCAUCACCAGCCUGGCAUUCGGAGACCUGCUGCUUUUACUCACGUGUGUGCCUAUAGAUGCAACACGUUACAUUGCGGAUACCUGGCUCUUCGGAAGAAUUGGGUGCAAGCUGCUGUCUUUUAUCCAGUUAACAUCAGUUGGAGUAUCAGUGUUUACCCUGACUGUUCUCAGUGCUGACAGGUACAGAGCCAUUGUUAAACCCUUGGAACUGCAGACUUCAGAUGCGCUCCUGAAGACCUGCUGUAAAGCGGGCUGUGUUUGGAUUGUCUCCAUGAUAUUUGCUAUCCCAGAGGCUGUUUUUUCAGAUUUGUAUUCUUUCAGCAAUCCUGAGAAAAAUAUAACUUUUGAGGCGUGUGCCCCCUAUCCUGUAUCUGAGAAGAUCCUGCAGGAAGCUCACUCCCUGGUUUGCUUCUUAGUGUUCUAUAUUGUGCCCUUAGCUGUCAUUUCUGUCUACUACUUUCUUAUCGCCAGAACUUUAUAUAAAAGUACAUCCAACAUGCCAGCAGAAGAACACUCUCAUGCCCGUAAGCAGAUUGAAUCCCGCAAGAGAGUUGCAAAGACAGUGCUGGUGCUUGUGGCUCUGUUUGCCUUCUGCUGGUUGCCCAACCACAUCCUCUACCUGUACCGCUCUUUCACAUACCACACUUCUGUCAAUGCUUCCACCUUUCAUCUGAUAGCAACUAUUUUUUCCCGUGCCUUGGCCUUCAGCAAUUCCUGUGUCAACCCUUUUGCUCUUUAUUGGCUGAGCAAAAGUUUCCGGCAACAUUUUAAAAAGCAAGUCUCAUGCUGCAAGGCAGCAUUCUGUGCAAAGCCUCCCACUGCUCCCCAGAGCAGUUCUCCUACCAGAGCCCUGUCAGUCACAGGCAGCAUGCGUGGCUCAGAAAUCAGUGUUACACUGCUAACAGAUUAUAGCAUCACGAAAGAAGAGGAAAGUGUUUAGUCCAUGUGGGAAGAAGAAGGACAGAAACUGAGUCAUUGCUAUCAAGUCCCUGCUACUGGUAUCCUGGAAAGAGGUGCCAUGGCUUGCCCUGUCUGUGAAAGUGUGUUCAUCAGGAGUUCCUCAUCUUUCAAAAUAUAGAAUAAAGAAAUCAAAUUGUGUGGGGGAAGAAGCUGCAACAGCUGAGCUUUCCAGCAUAAGCUCAAAACUCAUGUUUCCAGGAAUGAACACAGAUUCCUAGCUGGAAUUCUUGUACUGGGCAGGAAGGGACUUA